CUAUAUAUAUGGAAGAAGUUGUAGAUGAGCUCCAAGGUGAACUCAACAUAACUGGAGCUACUUGGGAAUAUUUUUGGAGAUGUUUCAAAGCGUGAAAUGGAUUUUUGUUAUUGGAAGCAGGCAAUUGUCGAGUUUUUUAAGGCAUAUCUCUAAAGUAAAGCAAUUAUGGCAGAGAUGGAAUCUCAGGAGCUUUAUCCUCUUUAGCAUUGUGGUUCAGUUUUUUUUGCUUUUUGCUGCACCCCUGAGAAAGAAAACGGCAAACAAAGCAGUAUUCAUGAUCAUCUGGGCAGCUUACCUGAUUGCUGACUGGGCUGCUAGCUUUGCAGUUGGGCUAGUCUUUGACAGUGAAGAGAAAUAUACUGCCUCUGGUGCCAUUAAUAAUACUGCUAGUUAUUUGGUGAUGAUGAACCAUGGUGUCGUUAGUACCAUCGGGUCCAGGAGCAGGGAUGAUACUGGUCUUCUUCUGGUGAUGUGGACACCUUUUCUUUUGUUACUGGUUGGUGGCCAAGACAGAAUAACUUCUUUUGCUAUUGAGGAUAAUGAGUUGUGGCUUAGGCACUUGAUUUGGCUCUUCCUCCAAAUCUUCACCACUGGUUUUGUGUUUUAUCAAUCAUUUCAUCUAAACACGCUAUGGAUCCCCACAAUCUUUCUCCUCCUUGCUGGAACAAUCAGGUAUGCGGAGCGAAUAGCUGCAUUGUAUCUUUCAAGUUCGGAUAGUUUUGGGAUCUCUGUUCUUGGAGAACCUGACCCUGGGCCUAACUAUGAGAGACUGAUGAGUGCAUUCACGCACUAUAAAGGGAACAAUCUUCCUAUAAAAAUGGAGUAUGUCGACGACCUAGAAUCCCAGGCUAAUGAAAAUAGUUCAGCCGAUGAUGGAGGAUUAUUGGAUUCUCGUGAACUGGUGCAGCGUGCUCAUUACUUCGCAUAUAAAUACAAGGGACUCAUAGUCAAUCUCGUGUUCAGCUCCCGUGAGCAUACGGAGAGUCGAGAAUUCUUCACUAAAAGAAGUGCAGAACAAACAUUGAAAAUAUUAGAGAUCCAGCUCAACUACUUUUAUGAUCUUCUCCAUACCAAGGUGCUGGUGGCAACGUCCAAAAUAGGAAAAAUAUCUCGGGGUAUAUCCACUGGGUUAGUUGUUGCAGCCUUUUCACUUUUCAUCUUAGAAGAGAAGGGCACUUUCAAGACGGAGUUUGAUGUCGUUGUGACCUACACCUUAUUCGUUGGUGUUUUAGCCCUGGAUAUGGUAACUCUCUUCAUAUGGCUUUACUCUGAUUGGACUGUUUCUUAUCUUAAAAAGCUCGACAAAGAUUCCCUCAGAUUCAAAAUCAUCAACAAGCUCCUCUUUCCCAAGAAGCAAAGGCAGCCGCAGGAGAAACCCAAGAAAGUUUCUCCCCUCCGAUCCAAAAUCAUCAAGUUCCUCUUUCCCAAGAGGGAAAGGCAGUCGCUGGAGCAACCACGGAGAAAAAAAAAAGUAGGUUCUAGAAGGUGGUCUGAAGAUCUAUCUCAAUUCAACUUCCUUGAUUACUGUUAUCCACGAAGGUCACGAAGCAGAAGUAAAACCAUCGGCGAGAUCAUCAGCAAAAUAGACCAAGGAAUUGGAUAUUUGGACAUUAUUAACGAUUUUAUUUAUUAUUAUUUGCCGAGGGACGUUAAGAAUUUUAUAGAUCUGAAGAAAAAUGACUUUAUAAUUCAGAUGAAAUAUGUGACUUCUCACCAUUUUGAUCCAUGCCUAUGGAAAUUUAUCUUCGACGAGCUGUCAGAGAAAUCUUACUUUGCGGAUGAUCCGGAAGAAGCCAAGAGAAUAAGCUCAGCUAGAGGUGAAUGGAUUCUUGAGAGUGGUGACUUCAAUUACAGUCUUAUCUCAAGUACGUUAAUGCAUUGUGUCAAAAAUGUUGCUUAUGAUGAAAGCCUUCUACUGUGGCACAUUGCUACUGAACUCUGCUACAAUAACAAUACUGAUCAACACAGUCACCCGUCUUUGGAUUGUAAAUAUUGUGAUGCUAAUUGCUACAAAAAGUGCAUCGUCAUGGCUGAAAAAUUCUUGGACAAUGCUGAUCUACACAGUCGCAUGCCUUCGGGUUGUGAUUCUUGUGAACAAUGUAAUGCUUGUGAAUUCAGCAAGCGCCUCUCAGAUUACAUGUUUUAUCUAUUAUAUCAGCCACAAGGUAUGAUGUCCGAAGUGUCAGGAAUUUCAAAACAAAGGUUCAAGGACACCAGCUCUGAAGCGCAACGAUUCUUUAGCGAAUAUGGAGGAGUAGAUCUUCAGAAAGGCUGUAAAAAUAUUCUUGAGGUGGACACAUCCGUCAAACCUGUUUAUGUGAAGGGAGAUCAAUCGAAGUCUGUACUGUUUGAUGCGUGCAUGUUGGCAAAAGAGAUUCAAAAGUUGGGAGCAGAGAUUAAAUGGAAGGUAACAAGUAAAGUGUGGGUGGAAUUGUUGUCAUAUGCUGCGAGUCGUAGCAGAGCAAAGGCCCAUGUCCAACAACUAAGUAAGGGCGGUGAGCUUAUUACUUUUGUUUGGCUUUUGAUGGCACAGUUAGGCUUGAAAGAGCAUGCUUGGGUUGAGACCCGUAAAAGAGCAAAGCUGAAUCUUAAUAAAUGA